AAAAGACAGAAUGAACGAGAUAGUUCACGUUCACAGAAUAUUGUUUUUGUUCUGUGAAGAAAAUAUAAACUGAUCAUCUGUUUGCAGUUGAUACAAAAUUUCAAUAAUAUGGUUAUCAUUUGUUAUACUUAGAAAUAAAUAUUACAGGGCAUUAAUACAAAUGGCUGAAGAGAAAUUAUUUGUAUCAUUUGCAUGUCAGAGGUGUUCCCAGCCUCUUCGAUUAGAUGACUCUUUGAAUUCCUUUAGUGAACAUGUAUCAGCAGAAUUAAAUUUGCCAAUACAUUCCAACCCGGAUGUAGAUUUAGAAUCACAAGCAACUAGUUUUGACCAUUAUGUACCUCCGUGUAGGCUUUCCGAUUCCGGGAAUGGUGCUAAUGGUUUUAUGUUAAUUUCGGAUGAAAAUGAAGUUGAUUUACUCAGUCAUCAAUACAAGGUCAAAGUAGCGUUAUUUGACACGAUUUCAGGUAAUUCCAAUAUAGACCAUCCAUUAUGUGACGAGUGUGCAGAUAAUUUGAUAGAACUAUUGGAACAGCAACUUAAAAUAACUCAAGAGGAUUACGAUGAUUAUAGUAAUUAUUAUAAAACUUUACAAAAUGAAAAAGAUGAACCAAAAUUAAACGAAUUGGAGAAAGAAUUGGGUGAUUUAAAGGCAGAAGAAAAAAGGCUGUUGGAGGAAUUGGAAGCGCUGCAAAAGGAAGAAGCUGAAACCUUAAAGGCGAUCGAAGAACAAGAAGCUAUUUCGAAAAGGCUGUCGCAAGAAGAAGAGAGGUACUUUAAAGAGUAUACAAGGCAUCGAAGGGAUGUUAUGGUUACCGAGGAAGAAGGAAAGAGCCUGGAAUGUCAAGUGAGCUACUCAAACAUGCAAUUAGACAAAUUACAAAGAACAAACGUUUUUAAUGCGACAUUUCAUAUUUGGCACAAGGGACACUUUGGGACGAUCAACAACUUUCGUUUGGGACGGCUGCCUUCUGCUCCCGUAGACUGGUCAGAAAUAAACGCCGCCUGGGGACAAACGGCUCUACUUCUCUCCGCUUUAGCCAGAAAGAUAAAUCUAACUUUCGAUAAAUAUAGGCUUGUGCCGUAUGGUAACCACUCGUAUAUCGAGGUGAUAGGAGAACAGAAGGAGUUACCGUUGUACGGGUCGGGUGGCUUCAGAUAUUUAUGGGAUACCAAAUUCGACAGUGGAAUGGUGGCUUUCUUGGACUGCUUGCAACAGUUCCAAGAGAAAGUUGAAAAGCUGGAAAAGGCUAAUAAAGUUUUCUGCUUUCCAUAUCGAACUAAUAAGGGAAAAAUAGAGGACAAGGAUGCGAGUUAUUCGAUAAAGAUACAGCUAAAUUCCGAGGAACAGUGGACGAAAGCUUUGAAAUUUAUGUUAACAAAUCUUAAGUGGGGUUUAGCUUGGGUGUCAUCACAAUUUAACAGCGACGGAGAAGAAAUAGAACAAUCAGAGAAUGAAUAAUUAUCACUUAUCUUUUUGUAAUAAAUUAUUUAAAUAUUUAUGUUUUUUUUAAAUAGAGGUUUAUUAGACUGAUGUCUGUAUAUAGUUCGUGUGAUAAUACAAAUUUGGCAUUUUGUUUUAUCGGUGAUUCUAAUAAUCUCUCAUAAUUCUACAAACUGUUAAUUAUUAAG